AUGGCGCUUUCCGAAGCAACCAAAGAAGCAGUAUGGCUCAAAGUGCUUUUGGGGGAACUUGGUGAGAUGACAAGCGACGAAGCGAUCAAGAUGUAUGAAGACAACCAAGGAUCAAUCGCUCUCGCCAAGAACCCGGAGUUCCAUAAGAGAACAAAACACAUCGACAUACGCUACCAUUUUGUGCGUGAGAAGGUGGAAUCAGGUGAAGUCGUUUUGGAGUAUUGCCCGACUCAAGAUAUGCUGGCAGACAUGAUGACCAAGCCGAUCGCCGCUGUACAAUUUGAAAACAUUCGCGAUCGACUUGGGAUCAAGGUGCCGCAGCUAACGAGUCGAGAGGGAGUGUUGAAAAGACAGCGGCUGUGA